UUUCUCAUUAGUAAAGCGCCCCCACCUCCCCGCUCUACCAAAACCACCAAACUUUUUUUAAUUUUGUAAAAGUUUAAUUUCGUGUUCAUAGUGUGCGAGCUAGAAGUGAAAGCUAAAUCGCUAAAUCGCGUGCGCUAUGCGUCAGAUUGGAAGGCAAGCAAAUCGUCUUCAUAUUCAUUUUAGCAUAAACUCGCAUUUUAGAUCACCCAGCCUGCGCGUGUGGUAACAAUUGUAGUAAAUCCGAGUUCCCAGUUCAAUUAGAAGUACAGAUUGCACUUCUUUAAAAUAUUCGGAUACGAUAUCUCGUUUUGGACAGUACAUAUGUACAUACCUAUAAAACUGUAAUAUCAAAUAAUGUAAUCAAAAUGUGUGUGUAACCAAAGCGCUUUGGGUUUUUUGAGAGAGCUCUUAGCUACUCCACUUCUUGGGUACAUACAUAUAUGUACAGAAGUAUGUCUGUGGUCAAACGCAUCCCCAAUAAUAAAGAAAAAAAAGAGCACCUUGCAGUCAAACCACAAUCUUGUUGAUGCUUACUCGCGUUUCUUGCACUUUUAAAGAGGUACCACGAAAUAUUUUCGUUACUCAAUCGUGCUAGGAGGAGAGAGAUCUACCACUAGACGACUGUACAGAAGAGAUAGGCAGAAGAGCGACUGACGCCCUCCUUUUAUACAACCAAGAAUCACUUUAAAAGUAUUUACAGAACUUCAAAUCCACAAUUAUCAGAAAAAAUGUCAUUUUCUCGGAACGAGGAGCCCAACAAGCCGCAGUAUAACGAGAGCGAUGUGGUAUGGGUAAAAAUACACAACACAGAGAUCUGGUGGCCUGGAGAAGUAACCUUGUCUCAGAAAAUUCAAUUCGUCAAGACCAGUCGGCCGCCCUUUGCAGUUGUUGCCUUUUUCAACGAGAAAACAUACGAGAAAGUCACAUCAGACAGACUGAUUUAUCCAUUUGAAUGCUCCAAAAAAGAGGAGUUCAUCCAACGCGGUAUCAGAAAAGCCGAAGCAAUAAGCACGGAAAUGAGGGCCAAGUUUAAUGAUGAUGUAGCAAUCGCAGAGUCUCGUAACCAUCAUCAACGGUUAAAUGCGCACGCCACUUCACGACCAGAUAGUCUGAUCAAGGCGCUCCUCUCGAGCAGCAGCAACAGCCAGAUCAGCAGCACCCGCAGCUGCAAUGGGCUUUCAUCGAAACCUACGCAAGAGUCCACUUUUCGUAUUAUGGAUAUUGCGCGAGCAGCUGAAACAGUGCCAGAGCGCUUUACCGAGGCCAGCUACGAGUGCAGCAUGUGCAGUUUCCGUACCAGCAGUAUGAAUGUUCUCCUCGUUCACCGACGUGGGCACCUGGAGUCGUCCAGCAAAUAUAGCACUAGCAACAACAUUAGCCAGAACGCCAGCAGUAACAGCUCCAACAGGCAGAUAAGAGCAGUAAGACGCGCCAACACCUCUAAUGAUUUCGAUUCUCCCCAACUUUUUGGAAGGUGCAGUGAGGACAGCAGCAACCACUUCCGUUGCCACUCGCGCCACGUCUCGAUUGUGGUGGACGCCUCACUCGGCGAUGAGGCCCAGCGCAGAGUGGCUUCUAUAGCCCAGAUCACAAUGGAAAGCAUUGAGCGUGUGGUGCAGCCCAUGGCUCAUAGCAACAGCAACUCCAGGCCGUCUUCGCCUCAGGUUGUUUCCCCGCGUCAAAGUAGACAGAACCGACUGGACCCGCGCAAUCAGCGCUUGAACAGGUUGCGCGCCACAAUGCCUGCUUCAGAACAGCCUCCGGCAAAGCAGCGGCGUCUUACACGCUCCAUGACCCGUCAUCAGCAUGGCUUUUCUCUAACCGAAGAGAGACCGCAAUCGCUAGCUUUGCCACUGCCUCCGCGUAGUAUUGCCACUGAAAGUCGCAGCUCCUUGGAAACGACUAUCGCUGAGCAGGCUAUGUUCGUACUCAAGCAGGCCAGUCAGGCAAAGAAGACCCUAAAGAAAACAACAGUUCCAGAUCAAGGAUCAAAUCAAAUCUCACUUGAAUGUGGCUCACCAAAAGUGAAACCAAAAAAGAGAGCAGCCUCGAAAAUCAAUUCACCGAAUUCUCUAGUAGUCAGAGAAGAAAAAAAAUUUGAAAACGUAGCUAGUUAUUCCGAAUACACAUAUGAUGUAUUUCAGUAUUCUGCAGUUCCGCUACCACCGAAUGCAGUUCUCGCUAAAAAUUCUCCAUCGCCAUUACCAAUAACACCCACACCAGCACCGGCGCAGACACCAAAAGUAAGUUAUUCUCAGUCGCAAGUCACGGCCUCUUUCGAGCUUCAACUAAGUCUGAUGGCCGAGUGGGGCGACGAUGAAUGUGAGGAGCCCUUAGAUGUCUUAAUUGAUCACGAGGAAACAAUUGAUAAAGCUCAGAACAGAGAAAUAGAACCGGAACAGAAUAGAGGCAUCCAUUCAAAGAAGCGAAUACGAAACAUACCAAAGAAGGACCGGAGGGACGUGGUGCUCUUGGAGUUCGACGUGGACAGCAAGCUGGAAACAGACGAACCAAUCGUCAUUCAGGACAGCGAUGCUAGCUCUAACGAGAGUGUCGUUUUUGUUAAGGAUCUGGUUCUAACGUGCAACAGAAGUAAUGAAAAUGACAAAUGCAAGGCCCAUAAUUCCUCCUCCUGCUUCGACUUUGAAGAGGAGGAGGAUCUGCAGCAACAGGAUGAGAAAAAUAGGUUGAGCUAUAGACUUCGCACUCACCGCCCUGGCGCCAAUGAAAAAGGCACUGUGGAUAUAGAAGAUUGGCCCGUGUCGACAGCGUUGUCAAAGGAAGCCGGGAAUAUGUUGCAGCUGGGACAAGCGUCGACAGCACCAACUAGAUCUAAAGUCAAUAUUUGCAAUGACGUUGUAUUCAAGGGCUUCGACGAUGAAUUACAAUUGUCGGCUGCCGCCGCAGCCACUGAUGAGAGUAAUCGAUAUUUUAAACCAAUCGACGAUCAGAAAAUUUUGCAUCCAUACGCUGAGCAUGAACCAGAUGAAACGGAGCUUGCUGUCGAUCGGCUGAGCUUACCAAUCAAUGAACGGCAGAAGCGCAUUUUUAAGUCACGCAACAAAUCGAUGGAGGCAGUGACGAAAGAUGAUAGUCCUCCAAUUUCUGUAUUAACACUACCUAGUGACAAGGAAGAGGAUGCCGGCAGGAGCGGCGCAUCUCUUCACUUGAUCAGCGGGGGAGGAGUCUCUCCCCAAUUACUUAAUGGCGGGCACAGCCGCACAAGCAGCGCGAGCAACAGCAGUAAAAUUAGCUGUCAACCCAGAAGAGAUUUAUUCCGUAAACAGCACCUAAUGUCAAAGCUAAUGGCUCGAUUAAAGCUAAAGUCCAAACCAACGGCCAAGGAACUUAGCAACAUCUGUAGCAGCAACAGCAAUAAUAUCUCAAAUUCCAGUUCAAUUUCAAAGACAAGUAGAAUUGCAUCCCCCCUUCUCAGCUCCAGCACGAGUUGCUCGAUUGCCUCAAAUAUCGCUGUGAUCUCAGCAGAGGAGGCACGGGAGCUUCAAAGAACCGCGUCGGGAUCAGGUCUCAAUGAAGCCAUUGUGGAUGCCACACAGCCUGUGCAGCGAGGGGGUGUUUUAAUUUUGGAGGACAUACGGCUGCCCAAUCUUUACGAUCGCCUACCCUUCGGGAGUCUACAUUCGUCAGACAGCAAUGAUAGCCGGCGCGAGAAGUCAAACGACGAGGUAGCCGUCGAGGAGGAACAUUUAAGAUACACACAUGAGCAGGAUUCGGAAGAAGUUGAAAAAGACGUACCUCAUGGAGCUAAGUCCGAACUGGCGGCCAAUGAUAUUAGCAUGAAAGUUCUGGACGAAGGCCACGGGGUGAAACCACAAGAGCAUAGCCCAGAGCAAAAGCCCGAAUCUGAGCUGAAGCUUGAGUCUGAACCAGAGCAAGAACAGGGGCUAGACUCUGAGACAUUCCAGGAGACAGGGUCUGAGCAAGAGACGAAACUGGUUGCCUCAACAAUGGCACCCACAGUGUCUUUUAUGCCCCAAAAACGGGAGCUGCUUUUGAAAAAAAGGGAGCAAGAACUACUUCGACAAUACGAGGCUGAUCUGGUCAGCGGACGGAGUGCCGAAAAGUGCCGCAGGGCGCGGGAACGCUGGAGCCAAGUAGUAAAAUCUACAGGGGAUUCGUCUUUUGAUUCAGAUAGAAAUCUGCUAGUAAAGCCAGUAUCUCUAGACAUGGAAUUAAGAACACCUCAGGUGGAUCUAGCUGGUCAACUAGAACAAAAGCUUUCUAAGACAGAUAUGGAGGCGGAAGAGUCGGAAGUAAAGAAGCCAUCCACGCUGGACUCUCAAAUCAAAAUGAACCUUGUAGAAUCGGUGAGCUCGUUACCUGAGCCACAGCGACAGAUCUCCUCAGCGGUUUUGGCGGCAACGCCAGUGUUGUCGCUUCUGGCUCUCCAUCCGGCCAGCUCUUCGCAGGUAAAUUCAUCAACAGCCUCCACCAUAUCCAAGAGUGCGGACCUGAGCUAUGCCCAGAAUUUUAGCGACGAAGACGUUGUCAAAGCCCACCACCAGUUGGAAGAUCUGCGCGACCAGCAACGCCGUCGCUCGAGCUCGUUGCCCAUGCCGCUCUUGCCAUUUGGGCAGCGGAGGCAGCGUCGACGCUCUCGCAAUGUAGGGAGCGACAACGUAGGGAGCGUCAUUGGCCACGAUACCGUUGAGACGUCAUGUGAUACGAAGGAACAGCACGAGAGUCUAGAAAAUCACCAAAUGUGCGCAGGGCGCAUCUGCGCUGUCAUGACUCGUCCUAUACCGGGCUACAACCAUACAUUUAUGCUCUGUUCGCUGGUCAACAACAACUUCAUGCCGUUGAACAACGUGGCGUUGUACCUGGAUAGCGAGAAGAACCACCUCGUGCCGGUGCCGCGAGAGGCGUUGCUGGAGCCGCCACGUCUUGCAGAUGGCCAUCCGAUGUCAGCUGUUUUUGCGGACAUAGACUUCCGUGGUGGCCAGGCUGUGGCUCAGGUAGUGGAGCCAGCUGAUAUGGAGACAGAGAUGGACACAGAUUUUGAGCACACCAGUUAUGAACAGUUCGACGCACCCGAGCUGAACGUUUCAGUGACGUCGUCUAUGCAGGUCGUUAAUAGUCAGACGGAGGAGACCACAUACGAACACAAACAGGUGGAAAUAUUGGGUAUCAUGACGCCCCUAAGCCAAGUGGAAGGGGUUAUGCCUUCGGCCAGUUUUGGUGACACCAUCAAUGAAGACGAGGAGUUGUCGCUGCACGAGGACCAAUUACAGUCUAACGUACUGCAGCUAAAUGUCAACGGGCAUCGCCUUGAACUGGACCCUUCAGUCCUUUUUACCAUUGCAGAACAGCCAGAUUCUUGCAUUGAGCUAACUGUCGAUGAGACUGGCGCCAGCAGUGUCAGGGCCGUGCUUCAUGCGCGCGAUAUACUUCAGGCAGCCCAGGCAUACCUUCAGGAGCGCGACUUGCAGCUGGUCAAUGUGGAAGAUAUGACCUUAGACGAGGAGGAAGUCUGUAGAGCAUCGGAAAUGACAGUCCCCGGCACGGACCUGCUGGCCGAAGCACUUGCUGACUGCCAAGUGGUCAACGACACCGAUUAUGUAAACGCCACCAACACUAGUGUGGCUUUGCUACACAUAGAGACACGAAGCUCUGCCGGCACUGGCCUCAUAGACGUUGGCGACGAGGAGUCCGAUGGCGUCGUGUUUGUCUCACACGUGCUACCGCCAGCUGCUGCACACCUCACACCACCCAUCACGGCUCGCACCAACGAAACGAAUGCACUUCUUAACCAGACGCCUAUAAUGUCCACGCUGGAGAAUCCGAGCGCUGUGCAGCUGAGACGUGUCUCUCCCCUGGGCGAGGUUAACCUGGAUGACAGUUUGGCCGUCCUCGGUGCCACAAACACUAGUGGCGUACCCACCUCACUAGAACUCCCAAUUACCGUAACGAAUCCGGCUAUAGCUCACCGCGUGACAGCUCCCAUAGCGGAAAUUGUGCAGUUAGCUCCCUUUCAGUAGAAAAUAUAUAUAUCGCCAAGAA